CAACCGUGCCAGGAGAUCCCUAUAUCAAAUAGUGGAUGGUCCAUUCUUUGUGAUGCAAAUCGAUGUCAUCCGGCAUGUCGUCCACUGUGCCCGCAUACCACGACACUCGUCGGCACCGCAGCUGCUACAUCACGAUCAUUGAUCUUACAACAGACCUAAAGAACUGCAUGACCUGCCCGCGGCCUCUAACAUUCGGCUGCAAACGUGCAAAGAACGGGGAACUAUUGUGUGCGUACUGCGCGGAGGGCCGUCCCAAUCUUGCGAAGCAAUACCAAUGGUCCGUUUGCUCAAUAUGUUACGAGGACGUCGAACUGAUGUCCACCUGUUGCGGACAUGCAUUUUGCCUCCCAUGCUGGUUCAAUUCUAUGAUUGAAGGAGGACUGAUCUGUCCACUUUGCAGGGUCAAGAUGGGGAGCGAGCCAAUCUUUUUGCAAACCCGAAAACUGGGUACAGAGACCAUCGUUCUAGACUAAGGUGGGCGUGCCCAGCGGCGGCCACGACUUCAUGGUAGCACUCUUCAACUUGAGUCGUUUUAUGAACGAGCGCAGUCGAUCCACUCCAAACAUCGCUUUUUUUUGCCGGAGUUCCGUCUCUUGGGAUCUCGUUCCAGACUUGGCUUUGUGACCGUAGUUUACGUAGAAUGGUAAGAUUUCCGUUGACUCCGUGGGUGUAUCAAUGUAGGCGAGUUAGGCGAUUCUUCAAGCCGAACAUGCGGAAGUGCAUGACCCGUUCAUCCCCUCGGUCUCUGGAGUAUGGUGGUUUUUUUUAGCAGCCGCAUCUACCAGUAUCAGCAGUCUGGACAGACCAAAGGUGGCCAAUCGCUCGGCUUUAACACAUUGGCCACCACUAGUUUUGAUCCCUCUUUGCUGCAAUUGACCGCUCUCUGUAUGGAUGCCCACGCAGUCCGGUCCCAAAAAAGCACUCAUAAGCUUCUCGGGUGACUUGUUUUAGCAUCAUGGUUGAGGGAGAGC